AUGUGCAAGGACGGCCUUCACGACUUCCUGGUCGAUCUGCCCAAAUGCGAGCAUCACAUUCACAUCGAGGGCUCACUAGGGCCCGAGCUGCUGUUCCACCUCGCCGCACAGAACAACAUCGCCCUGCCCGUCGACAAGGAUCCCGCCUUUGCCAGCGUCGAGGCUCUCUACGAGCGGUACCGCAACUUCACCUCGCUCGACGACUUUUUGCACUACUACUUUAUCGGGUUCUCCGUGCUCCUGACGGUGACUGACUUUGAGGAGCUGGGCUAUGCCUAUUUCCAAAAGGCACACGCGCAAAACGUCCGUCAUGCCGAAGUCUUUUUCGACCCCCAGGCGCACACCUGCCGCGGCGUGGCGUACGAGACGGUCGUGGAGGGCCUGCAGCGCGCAAAGGAACGUGCCCAACAGGACUUUGGCAUGACGAUCGAGUACAUUGUGUGCUUUUUGCGGCACUGCUCCGUCGAAGACGGCAUGCGCAUGUUCCUCGAGGCCAAGGCCAAGGGCCACUUCGCCGACGGCACGAUUGCGGGCGUGGGCAUGUCGAGCAGCGAGGCGCCGUACCCGCCCGCGAUGUGGAAGCCCAUCUACGAUGCGGUCCGCGAGGCGGGGAUCCGGCGCACGGCGCACGCGGGCGAGGAGGCGCCGGCCGCGUGCGUGGUGUCGGCGCUCGACGACCUGGGCGUGCAGCGCAUCGACCACGGGAGGCGGUCCGCCGAGAGCGGGGCGCUGCUGGCGAGGCUGGCGCGGGACAAGACGCUGCUGAGCCUCUGUCCCGUCUCCAAUGUGGUGCUGAGGGGCGUCGGGACGAUGAGGGAGAUGCCCAUCCGGACGUUUUUGGACGCGGGUGUGCGGUUCAGCAUCAACAGCGAUGAUCCUGCGUACUUUGGGGCUUAUAUUCUCGAAAACUACUGCGCCGUGCAAGAGGCGUUUGGGCUGAGUGUUGAGGAGUGGAGGGGGAUCGCGGUGGGCUCUGUGGAGGGGAGCUGGUGUUCUGAGGAGAGGAAGGAGGUUUUGAAGAGGGAGAUUGAGGGUGUUGUUUCUAGGUAUGUUGGGGUCGAGGCUUGA